GUGGUGAGAACGAGGCUCACUUCCGUCCGUGGGGGAGCUGCGGCGGUGGCGGUGCAGGAGGCCGGGUUGGGGCGCGGAGGGACCGACGGACGCACGGGCGGGCGGCCGGGAGCCAUGGAGCGCGGCCCUGGGGCCCGGGGGCGCGGGCCGGGGUGGGCUUCCCACGGCACGACAUGGAGACCUGUGGUUGUGCGGCUCCCUGGGGCUCGGCUUGGACCGCGAUGGGGCUGGGCCCUGGCCUCCUAACGGGGCUGCCGUCUGGGGCGGUAGCUGGGGGGGUGCCCUCCCCCCUGCCCGCGACUCGGAGCACCCCCACCCCUCCCCUGCCGGGCCAGGCCGGGCGGCGUUGUUGGCGGGGGCCCCGGUGGAGGCCCGGCCCGGGCGGCGCCCGCCAUGAACGGGCUGUCGCUGAGUGAGCUCUGCUGCCUCUUCUGCUGCCCGCCCUGCCCUGGCCGCAUCGCUGCCAAGCUCGCCUUCCUGCCGCCGGAGGCCACCUACUCCCUGGUGCCUGAACCCGAGCCGGGGCCUGGUGGGGCCGGGGCUGCCCCCUUGGGGACCCUGCGGGCCUCCUCGGGCGCACCCGGGCGCUGGAAGCUGCACCUGACGGAGCGCGCCGACUUCCAGUACAGCCAGCGCGAGCUGGACACCAUCGAGGUCUUCCCCACCAAGAGCGCCCGCGGCAACCGCGUGUCCUGCAUGUAUGUUCGCUGCGUGCCUGGUGCCAGACAAGGACACCAGGCUCAGGGAGGCCAUCCCCAGCUGGCAUGGGUGGGCAGGCCGGGUGACUCCAACGACCCAGCGCCUGGUGGUUGCCUGCUGGGCGAGAGGUGGGGCACAGGGGCCACCCUGUCCUGCGGGUACAUCCACCUUCUCGCCAGGUACACGGUCCUCUUCUCGCACGGCAACGCCGUGGACCUGGGCCAGAUGAGCAGCUUCUACAUUGGCCUGGGCUCCCGCCUCCACUGCAACAUCUUCUCCUACGACUACUCCGGCUACGGUGCCAGCUCGGGCAGGCCUUCCGAGAGGAACCUCUAUGCCGACAUCGACGCCGCCUGGCAGGCCCUGCGCACCAGGUACGGCAUCAGCCCGGACAGCAUCAUCCUGUACGGGCAGAGCAUCGGCACGGUGCCCACCGUGGACCUGGCCUCACGCUACGAGUGUGCCGCGGUGGUGCUGCACUCGCCGCUCACCUCGGGCAUGCGCGUCGCCUUCCCCGACACCAAGAAGACCUACUGCUUCGACGCCUUCCCUAACAUCGAGAAGGUGUCCAAGAUCACGUCACCCGUGCUUAUCAUCCACGGCACGGAGGACGAGGUGAUCGACUUCUCGCACGGGCUGGCGCUCUACGAGCGCUGCCCCAAGGCGGUGGAGCCGCUGUGGGUGGAGGGCGCCGGGCACAACGACAUCGAGCUCUACAGCCAGUACCUGGAGCGCCUGCGUCGCUUCAUCUCCCAGGAGCUGCCCAGCCAGCGCGCCUAGCGGCGGCCCCAACCGGCCGGACCUCAGCAAUAAGGCGGCCCCCGGACCUCACCCCGCGCCGGCCCCUCAGGGGCUGCAUGUGGACCCCCGGGCGGCCCAGGGGACCCCGCCCCGACCCAGGGGCUGUGGACGAUGUACAGGCAACAGAGCUACGCACUCCUUUCCUUUUGGAAGCAAGAAGAAAAUACGUGAAAACGGAAAUUAAAGAUUUAAAAUUUUA